AUGGGGAGCAGUGGUGGUUAAGCAGGGCAGUUCUGCCUUCCGGGGGACAUGUGGCAACGCCUAGAGACACUGUGGGUUGUCCCAUCUGGAGGUGAGGUGGUGGGGGUGCUCAGCUCAACCCCCUGCUUUGCCUGGACGCCCUUGUGACGGAGAGCGACCGGCAGGAGGUCACAGAGCCCCUAGCUGGUGUCGUGGUUUCUCUUCUCUUUUUCCUCCAAAGUGCUUCUUUGGCACUUGAUUGUAGAACCUUGUGUCUCUUCCUCACCAGCUAAAGACAGCUGCCUCGAGUCAUCUCAUGCUCCGGUCUAACGUGGAACCCACAUCCUGGGUGCUGGGGCUCCAAGUCUGUGUGUUUAAGGGUGUCCCGUGGGUUGUCCCCGGGUCCUCUGAGUUUGAGAGCCACGGCUCUCGGGCUGCAGUGAUGUUUCAUGUCAACGGCCACCUUACGGUACUGUCCCUGAGAUCAGCUCGCCGAGCUGCUGCUAACCAGAAUGUGCUGGAAUGUGGUGCUGCCACCUCCCGUGUGGGAGUGGGAGGCCAGGCCUCUGCUGGAAAGGCCGGAGCACACCUGUGUGGAGACGCGAGGCCUGGGCCCCGGAGCACGGGGGCCUUUGGUCAGCAUGACUGUCUGCUGCCGGGGUGUAGGGCAGGAGGAGGGGUGGCCAGGUGCCGAGUGCGAUGGAACAGCCUCCCCCGCCCGGCCCCGUGGGGCUGCCCCGUCGUCUCUGCUCAGUAAGGAGAGGGCACCUCAGGGAAGGGUUAACAUCCUCUCAGUGAAGCAGCCAUCAGCCUUCUGCUUCUGGGGUAGAGAAGAGCAAGCGCAGCCUGCGAGCGAUCUGCACCCCUCCCCCAGGAGGCCGCGUGGGGGGUAGUAGGAGGGGCCGGCUGUAAUCGCAUUCAUGGAAAUACACCCGCGAGGAACUGAGCUGAGCCGCACACACGCCGAGUGUCAGCCGGUGGCAGCUCCGCAGCCAUCUCUGUCCCCGCCAGCCUUCCCCGCCAGGAUCGGCUCCCUCUCCCUCUCCGUCCAAGGUUUCCACUCGGCUUUUGUUCCCGGGCUGCCUCCCCCACCCUGGCUGUGCCGGCACACAUGCCGUGCUGGCUCCAUCCCUGCGUCCGCUGGGGGCUGCGGGAGCUCCCGGGAGUCUGGCACCGUGGGGCCGCGGUGCCGGCCCACCAUGGCCUCUGAAGCGGAGAGCGGCGAGCGGCCCAGGCUUUGACGGGGGCUGCGGGGGCUGCCGGAGAGGGGACUCGCCUUGGUUCCCAGUGACCUGACCGCAGAGGAGCGCCAGGAACUAGAGAACAUCCGGCGGAGAAAGCAGGAGCUGCUGGCCGACAUUCAGAGGCUCAAGGAUGAGAUAGCAGAGGUAGCUAAUGAAAUUGAAAACCUCGGGUCCACAGAGGAAAGGAAAAACAUGCAGAGGAACAAACAGGUAGCCAUGGGCAGGAAGAAAUUUAACAUGGACCCUAAAAAGGGGAUCCAGUUCUUAAUAGAGAACGACCUGCUGAAGAACACUUGUGAGGACAUCGCCCAGUUCUUAUACAAAGGGGAGGGGCUCAACAAGACCGCCAUCGGCGACUACCUGGGGGAGAGAGACGAGUUUAAUAUCCAGGUUCUUCACGCAUUUGUGGAGUUGCAUGAGUUCACUGACCUUAACCUCGUCCAGGCGCUACGGCAGUUCCUGUGGAGCUUCCGGCUACCGGGAGAGGCCCAGAAGAUAGACCGGAUGAUGGAGGCGUUCGCGCAGCGCUACUGCCAGUGCAACCACGGCGUGUUCCAGUCCACAGAUACUUGUUACGUCCUCUCGUUUGCCAUCAUCAUGUUGAACACCAGCCUGCACAACCCCAACGUCAAAGAUAAGCCCACCGUGGAGAGGUUCAUCGCCAUGAAUCGCGGCAUCAACGAUGGGGGAGACCUGCCCGAGGAGCUGCUCCGGAAUCUGUAUGAGAGCAUAAAAAACGAGCCUUUUAAAAUCCCAGAGGAUGAUGGGAAUGACCUCACUCACACGUUCUUCAACCCAGACCGGGAAGGCUGGCUAUUGAAACUCGGAGGUGGCAGGGUCAAGACUUGGAAACGACGCUGGUUUAUUCUGACCGACAACUGCCUUUACUACUUCGAAUACACGACGGACAAGGAGCCCCGCGGGAUCAUCCCUCUGGAGAAUCUGAGUAUCCGGGAGGUGGAGGACUCCAAAAAGCCAAACUGCUUUGAGCUUUACAUCCCCGACAAUAAAGACCAAGUGAUCAAGGCCUGCAAGACGGAGGCCGACGGGCGAGUGGUGGAGGGGAACCACACCGUGUACCGCAUCUCGGCCCCGACGCCGGAGGAGAAGGAGGAGUGGAUCAAGUGCAUCAAGGCCGCCAUCAGCAGGGACCCUUUCUACGAGAUGCUGGCGGCGCGGAAGAAGAAGGUCUCCUCCACGAAGAGACACUGAGCCUGCCCAGCGAGCGGCGCCGGCGUGCGAGGCGUGAGAGGGCCCAGGCUCUUCCUCCCGUCACCCCCACAGAUGUGGGGGGCUGGGCUGCCGGACAGGGCUGUCCCCUGCUGGGCAUCACCCUGAGUUCCUAGAGACUGGCUUCAGCUUUGCCAUUUGUUUUUAAGUGGGAGAAGGGGAGGAGUUUGCAGGGGGAGAGGGGUCUGACGCCCGUCAGGCGUGGGGUUGGGAGCCUUUCUCUCUCCAAAGAACGGGGCCCCUCUCGGCACGUCAGCCUCCUUGCAAGUCUCCCGCUCGGCAGGUGUGACGGCAGAGCUCGAAGCCAACUGUUUACCUCUCGGUUAUUUCCCUGUGAAGCGGCCUUCCGCCCUGCGCCGUGAACACACGUCGGUGUAUUCUGUGUUCGGAGAAGAGUGGUCCGGAAGAGAAGCCACGUACUAUAAAGAUAUAUUUUUGUUUUUUAAAGAGAGAAAAAGCUAAAGUAGAGCAGUCCAGAGGCGUUCUGCCUGGGCCGGGGUGGGAGCCCCCUGGUAGCCGCUGGCGGGAGCCGGCUUCUCGGCAGCCGGAGGCCCAGGGCGGUGGACACGGGUGAGGCCGGGCCCCGGGGGCCAGCGGUGGGGCUGGUGCUUCUCCGUCCCGGGGGCUGGGGACGCUGAGCAGGGAGAAUCGCUGGGCUUUCCCGUUUCUGCUCUUUCCAAGCUCCUUCUCGUGGGGCUUCAAAAUGCCAAGUCCGCAUUUUCCCUUGAGCUAAGUACCCAGUAACCAAAACUGUGAGGAAGGCGGUCCCCGAGGCCCGUCUCCUCCUCCUCCUCCCCCAGAGCUACGGUCCUCGUUUUAGAGGAAGGAGCAGGUCUUACCUGAUCACCUUAGGUCUUCAGCUUUUUCUGCCUCAACUCUGGCCCCAACCUGGACUACUGUCUCCCAUAUGGGGGUGGGGGACUGGGGGGGCUUCAUCUGCCCGGCGGGGGCAGGCGGAGCGCGAGGGGGACGAGGCCUGGCUCACGUCCUUCCUCCCCGACGGCCUAACUCACGGCGCGGAGGGAGCCACGAAGCGCGGCGUCCUCCCGCCGUCCUCUCAGGGACUCUCGGGGCCGCUCCCGCCGCCCGUCAGGCCGGCGCCGGUGCAGGCCAGGCAGCGGCCGGCUCAGGCCAUCCCAGUGCCACCGCGUCCCCCGGGACCGGGCGGCACACGCACCGCCUCUCGGAGAAGGCGGAGAGCUGCCGGUCUCCUCGGGCAGCGGGACCCCGGCUCCUCCGGCUCCGUCAGGGCAGGCGGGCCUCUCUGGACAUGGCCUUUGUGAAAGGGCGUGAUCGGGGGUGCUGGCGGGGGGACUCUCGGGGCCCCCCUCCUACAGGCCCUCCCUAGAGCGGCUGCAGGCGUGCUCGUGCCGGAGCUCGUAAGGGGACCGGAGGGUGUCCGGGCCGGCCUGCCCCGCCGCCGGCCGCGCCCCUGCACUGGUUCCCGCACAGCCCGAGGGGCACCAGAUCAGUGUUAGUCUAUUUACCUGACUGUAAAUAUCCGUGUAUAGUUUCUCUCCUUUUAGAUUAUUUUGUAUUUGUUUAAAAAAAGUUUUGUUAAAAUAUAAAAUAUAAAGAAGUGACUGAAAAUUGUUAACAGGGUUUUAAAAAAAUUAUAAUUAUUAUCGCAGUUGUUUUCGUUCCUCUGGUUUUUUUGCGUUGUAAACCGGCACCAAGGAGCCGCAGCAAAUAAAGUCCGGAUCUGCCCCCGCA